CUAGCUAGCACGAUGAAUGCUCAAGCGCAUCUUGCUCUUGCCUCCUCCCCUUUCCACACCCAAGCCCAACUGACCAACUCCAACAUCCGAUCACCACGGCCACAACUUCCAGUUGCCGUACGUCGUCGACCCCUCCCAACUAUCCAAGCAGUGACCACAAUGCACCCAGCGCCCGCUGCUGCUGCGGCGGCCAUUGCUGGCUUGGAGAAAGCCACCGAUCGCUUCCACGUGAUGGAUUACCACCAUGUCGAGUUCUGGUGCGCCGACGCCGCCUCGGCCGCCGGCCGGUUCUCCUUCGGGCUGGGCGUGCCACUCGCCGCUCAGUCCGACCUCUCCACGGGGAACACCGCGCAUGCCUCCCGCCUUCUCCGCUCGCGCUCCGGCUCUCUCGCGUUCCUCUUCACUGCCCCGUACGCGCCGCACGUCUCCGGAGAAAACGCGGCAACCGCGACCGUGCGCUCCUUCUCUGCCGACGCCGCGCGCCGCUUCACCGGUACCCACGGUGGCCUGGCGGUGCGCGCCCUCGCUGUCCGCGUCGCCGACGCGGCCGAGGCCUACGUCGCGAGCGUCGACGCUGGAGCGCGGCCGGCCUUCGCACCUGCUGACCUCGGCCACGGUUUUGCGUUCGCGGAGGUGGAGCUCACCGGGGACACCGUCCUCCGCUUCGUGAGCUACCCGGACGGCACGGACGUGUCCUUCCUGCCGGGGUUCCAGGACGUGGUCAGCUCCGGGGCUCCGGACUUCGGACUCAAGCGGUUCGACCACAUCGACAUCAACCUCCCGGAGCUGGCGCCGGUCCUCGCCAACGUCGCCGGCUUCACCGGGUUCCACCAGUUCUGGGAGUUCACCGAGGCCCAGUUCCGCACGGCCGAGAGCGGGAUGAACGGCCUGGUGCUGGCCAAUAACACGGAGACGGUGCUGCUCACCCUGGCGGAGCCCGUGUACGGCACCAAGCGGCGGGGCCACGUAGAGACGUUCCUGGACCACCACGGUGGCCCUGGCGUGCAGCACAUGGCGAUAGGCACCGAUGACAUCCUGCGCACGCUGAGGGAGAUCCGGGCGCGGUCCGCCAUGGGCGGGUUCGAGCUCCUGCCAGCGCCGCCGGCCAGCUACUACGACGGCGCAAGGCAGCGCGCCGGGGACGUGCUGUCGGAAGCGGAGAUGAAGGAGUGCCAGGAGCUGGGCGUGCGGGUGGACAGAGGGGAUGACAAUGGAGUUGUGCUCCAAAUCUUCACCAAACCGACGGGGGACAGGCCAACCUUGCUACUGGAGUUUGUGCAAAGGAUUGGGUGCAUGAACAAGGAGGAGAGCCAGCAGGGAGCCGUAUGCGGCGGCUUUUCCAAGCGGAACGUCCCUGAUCUCAUCAAGUCCAUUGAGGACUAUGGAAAGACCCUUGAUGCUCCGGUGGCGGCUUGAUCAUCGGCCAUGUCCCCCCGACCCUAGCUAUUACUACUACUCUUACCAUGCUCUAAAUAAGGGUUGAAUCUCUCUCGGUCGACCUUUCCUGGUAUCCCACCCUCCGCUUGUGCGUGUGUUGUGUGUUGUGUUGUGUUUUUUCAAGGGAACGCCAUCAUGCAUGGCAAGUGUGUGUUGUCUUGUGUUGUUUCUGUGUGUCAAUCGUGUGGGGUAACUUGUAAUUUGGGUGCUUACUAGGUUGGAAUCGUUUUUCCAACCAAGGUGCCAAUAUAUGGUUUGUAUACAUGGAAAAGAU